UUAGCAGUAGGGUACUUUUGUUUGUCGCCACGCCUCUGACGUGGAAAUGUAUGCCACCUGGACCACAGCAUACCGUCUGGAAAGUAGGAAGUUUACUAUCUGUACUAGCGAUAUUAGUGGAGUCGUGCAUUCUCAACUUGAAAACUUUAUUAUGUAGAAAUUAUGGGGACACAAAGUAUGAAUAAAACUAAUCAUUUUAUCAACACCUAAAAGGUUAUGUUAGGCGUCUUCGGCGAACUUUCCAUACACCUGAAAAGCGAGAGAAAAGAUGGCGAAUUCUCAGAUGUUGUCGGGGAAUACCACAUACCUGGCAGGUUUUUGGGACGACUCUUACAAGACUCAACUACUGGGAAUAGUGAUAGCUAUAGCAGGGAACUUUCUCAUCAGUAUUUCGUUAAAUCUACAGAAAUACACACAUGUGCGACUGUCUCGGCAGAAGGACCCAGAGCCAUAUUACAAAAGUGUCCUGUGGUGGUGUGCCAUCAUCCUGAUGGGGAUUGGUGAGCUGGGGAACUUCACUGCCUAUGGCUUUGCCCCAGCUACGCUUGUCGCUCCUCUGGGAUGUGUGUCUGUUAUAGCCAGUGCAGUUAUUUCCGUAGCAUUUCUUAAAGAGACCUUGCGGGCUUCUGAUUUACUUGGUGGAGCCCUUGCAAUCUCAGGAACAUACCUUCUUGUCACCUUUGCCCCUAACAUUUCACAGAAUAUAACUGCUUUUAAAGUUCAGAAAUACUUAGUGAGCUGGCAGUUUCUAGUUUAUCUGUUCUUUGAAAUAAUAGUUUUUUGCAUCCUGCUCUACCUGUACAAGAAGAAGGAUCUGAAGCACAUUGUAGUCGUGCUAAUGCUGGUGGCUUUGCUUGCUUCUCUGACAGUCAUUUCUGUGAAGGCAGUGGCUGGGAUGAUAACUGAAUCGGUGAAAGGCCACCUGCAGCUUACCUACCCCAUAUUCUAUGUGAUGCUGAUCAUAAUGGUUGCCUCCUGUGCCUUUCAAGUCAAAUUCUUGAACCAAGCUAUGGAAAUUUUCGAUGCAACAGAAGUUGUUCCAAUCAACUUUGUGUUCUUUACAGCUAGUGCAAUUAUUGCAGGGGUCAUAUUUUAUCAGGAGUUUUAUGGUGUAGCCUUGCUGAAUAUCUUCAUGUUCCUCUUUGGGAUCCUGCUGUCCUUUCUUGGAGUUUUUUUAAUUACUAGAAACAGGGAAAGAAAAAAGUCUGAGGUUCCUUUUAUUGACAUCGACCAAGUUCCAGGACAAAAAUCAAUGGAUAAAAUACAGCCAGAUGCAAGCAGUAUAUCUUAUGGAUCUCUUGAUGCUGAAGCAAAGCCUCUAGGCAAUAAAGAUGGAGAACUCAAAGACACUGCAUCGAAUCUUCUAUCCUCUCACAAACCCUGAACGCUGCAGACGUAUCUGAAGAACAUUCCGUUGAGGUUCAAAUACUCUGUAUGCACAGAAUGCCAUAAACAGAGUGUUGAGGAUGGUAUCCUACAUGCUUUCUCCCCUGAUAUAACAUAUAUGCUAAAGGAAUACAAUGCCAGUGCUGAUGCCAAUCUAUUUAAAACGCAAAGUUGCUUGGGAAAACAAUUGUUAUUGUAUUGUCCAUCACCAUAACAACGUGUGGCAAUGUUUACAAUAUUUGCCUAUAUUGUAAAAUAAAAUUAAAAUGUAUUUUUAAGGUUCAACGGGAAACCCAUGUGACUUGACUUGGUUACUCAUCAACACUAGACUUACAAGAAUCCUGCAUUUCUAGUUGUGCUUAUUUUUGUGUUUUGGGUGGGGUAGGGUAGGGGUAUAUGAAUAUGAGGAAGCUUUAAAAACUUCAGUAGAAAAUAGUGUUGGUAAAAAAAAAAAGAGAGUAGUCCUCUCGACUUCAUAUUUAUUCAUAUUCACUUCACGUCAUUUGGUUUGCCCAUCACCUGAUUUGAAACCUGCAACAAUCUAUAAAAACAACUUUGUUCAGGGUUUCGUUUGGGUGUUUUAUGAAUUAUGAAUGUAAUAUAAAUUCAGCUGUUUCCAGACAAUAUAAAUAAUUUAAUUGUAAAAAGUACUAUAAUGUGUGGCUAAGAACAAAGUUAAACAGUGUACCCUCUGCCACAGAUGCAUAACUUAUCAACUUGCUGUUGCACAUUCCCUGUUCAACAGCCCUCAAUACUGGACUUGGACAAUGGGGUGACUAUUUGUGUCCUAGCAGGAAACACAUAUAGAUCUGCCAGGUAGGGGGAUUACCAGUUGUGCUUUAAAUUAAAUUGUGCAGAUUCACAAGUUAUCAGACUAAAUAUCAAUGUGCAAACUGAACCCUGUCCUAUCCAGCACUAAACCCUUCUCAUGAUGAGUAAAACCGAAUUAUGUUAAUGACCACAGCCUGUGUGCACUGCAGAUAAGCACUUUAUUAAAAACAUACCUGCUUUUCUGAUACAGUACUCACAGUACACAAUUUGCAAGCUGUUUUAUUUUAAUAAGAAAUUAGAAAAACAUGCAUUAUCAUUUUGUUUAUUGUAGAAUAAUAAAACUGUUACAACUUUA